UUUUUUUCAGGUCGUUGAAGUGGCGAUGCUGAGCCGAUAGCUGCGUCAUCAUGCUGCUUCCGACUCGAGUUGGCCAAAAGAAAUCUCAAGUUAACGCCAGAGGUGAGGCUGCCCCGCCGGCAUCCGGGCCCGGAGGCCACUCCCGACCCCUGGAGUAGAUGGACGACGGGCUGCAGGUGUGGUGGUUUACGGAGACCCGGUCCACGCGGUGACACUGGUGACUUUACAUCACUUGGCUCGAGGGUUUAUUGGCGCGAUAUACACCCCCCUCACACACACACACACACACACACACACACACACACACACACACACACACACACACACACACACACUGAAUUGAUUAUCAAACAUUUUAUAUUAAUGCUGCGUCCCCAAUUAAAUAAAUAAAAAGAAAUGCUGUAACUACAUUGAUAUGUGAGGGAUGUUAACCACAACUGGAGAGUGACAAGUGAUGCGUUCACUGACAGCUGGGGCACCUUACAACGCAGCACCCCUCUCAGUGAAAAGCUGCUGACUCCCAUCUGCUGCUGAUGAGAGACGCUGUGGUUUCAUUUGAGCUCAUUGGCUAAGGGUAUGUCAGACUGGUAGCAGGGUGGUUUUGUGCUCUGCUGUCUGCUGUCACCGUAUCCACGUGGACUUUGUUUCAGGUCGGUGGGUAAAGUUUGCCUCAGCCGAGCACCACUGCAACGCCGCUGGGUGUUUGGUUCCUGCAGAGAAAAGGAGGCAGCCGCGGUGCUUCUAAACCUGGAUAAAGUUCAAUACACACAUCCUAGUAUAUACCUGUUAAAAUGGCCGGCGACUGCACCCGUGCCAGUUCCCGUUACGCGAACGCGGAGACGUUGCGUCCGUCCACACCGGGGUCGGAUGGAGCCGGAGAGACGGAGGCAGCCGGGAACUCCAAAGGGCGUGGACUGCCCGCACGGUGGUCGCCCAACUUCGAGAUGAUAGACGGGCUGCUGUACCGCAAGAAGCUGGAGAGGGGCUUCGUCAACUACCGGGAGGUUUUGGACGAGGACCGGAGACAUGAGGCCCUCAACACCUUUCACCGGAGGCGGCUCGGCCAGCGCCACCUCUCCCUGGAGGAGACGUAUAAAUGCGUGGCUGAAAACUACUGGUGGGAAGGGAUGUACUUCCAGAUCAGAGAUUUUGUCCUGGGCUGUCUAGAGUGCCAGCGCAUCAAGAAAACAGAGGAGCUGGGUGCCAGGGGAUGUGUCACAAAGACGAUGGUGUCACACAGUGCUCACAUGCUGAGCAAGCUGAGGAGUCAGCGGGAGGCGGGGCUGUUCUGUGACAUUACACUGCGGACGAACGGGCGAUCCUACUCUGCCCACAGAGCUGUCCUGGCCGCCGUCAGCGAUCACUUCCAGGAAAUCUUCACAGAAAUGGACUCGGGCAUGAAAGCAGACAUAGAUCUCACGGGUUUUAGUGAGGACAGCCUCCUGUCUCUGCUGGAUUUCUCCUACUCCUCCACUCUGUGUGUUCGCCAGGAGGACCUACCUGAAGUCAUCGCCAUGGCCCGCCACCUGGGCAUGUGGCCCGCAGUGGAGGCCUGCUCCGCUCUCAUGAAGGAGCAGGAGCAGAAACUGCACCCUGGCAAGGACUUUACCUCGGCCUGUGCCGGUGCAUGUCACGAGCGUUACUGCCAGCAGAGGGAAGGCAAAAGGAAAAGGGUUUUUGGGCCAGAGGACAGUGCUCACAACAGCUUCAAUCUAAUGUUUGAUGCAUCAGAUGAGUCUUUAGAAGGAAGUCCAAGGCGAAACCUGCGUAGGACAGCGAAAGCCCAAUGCCAUAAUGGUCUCCCUCUUAGCCCCUCACACAGGAUGAAGCUCAUGGACUUCAAAUCUCCCUCUUCCAAGAAAGCUACCACAUCUCGACACACAAUAACCAACCCACAAUCACAGAAUUGCUCGUGCAUAUCACCAUCAAACACCCGUCUUCUCCGCUCCUCUCCCGGGGCUGCCAUAGAGGUUCAGAGAUUUUUACCCAUGCCAGAGAGCCCUCGACGAAGCAAAAAACCUCACUCCAUCACCCAGCUCUCCCACACCUCCAUCUCAAGGGUUAAGAAGAUCGCUGUGUGCAGCCCUGUGAGGGUAAAGCAGGAAGUAGAGGAGGUUGGAGAGGAUGAACAGGAUCAUGCGAGAGCACAGGAGAAGUACAAGCUGAUGAAUGUUCUUGGGUUACAGAGGACCGCCCUCCUCCCCAGACCAGAAGAUCUGAUUGGCUGGAGACAAAAGAAACGACUGAGGAAGCUAAAGGCUAACAACUAUUCCCUGACAAAGCGGCGAAAACCACGCCCCCCCUCCCCAGGACUGCCGUAUGGGGCUUUGACACUGUCACUUCCCCUCUGUAACCCAAUUAACACUCACAUCCUCAACAAGUCAGUAAAGACCAAGCCUGUGGGUCCAGUCAGCACAGAGCAGAUGAUGGCAAAAAGGCCAAAGGCCAUCCGGCGACACGUCCCUCCAAGUGACAGGAGCAUGCGGAGUCAGGGUGUGUUGCCGGACAUGUUCCAGCCUGCAUUUAGGCCUCCCUUCGGUGGGAGGGAGCUCAGGCGGUCCGUGAGGAAGGGUGACAGCGCCCACCUUCCUGCCCAGCAGCCGCGGCGACGCAACACCAACAAAACUCUUGUGAGAAACACAGUCAGUAUCAAAUCAGAACCAAUUGAAUACUCUGUCUCAGGUUAUCCUCUUUCAUCAAACAGUCGCUGUGGCCACACGCCUCACAAAUCCCCACCUACACACAGGACAGAAGCCAAAAAUAAGGUCACUGUAGAGACGGUCAGAACGCUGCGUUACAACAGCAGCCGACCAGCACCGAAGGCCAAGCUCAGGCGGGUCUCCUCAGUGGAGGUGGAGAAGACAAAGUGUAAGCCCAGAGAGGAGGGAAGGAAUAUUGGGGUCAUGGAUACUAGUCCUAGAGUCAAGGUUAAUGAACCUGGUGGGCACCAGUUUUCGGAGCAUGCACCUCCGGCGUCAAUCUACAACCACCCUCUGUACAAAGUCAUCAAAGAGGAGCCUGCAGAUCCCGUGCCAGUUGGAGUACCCUUCUCUGAUCCGCCUUCAUUGGACCUGGGCAAGCGCCAGAGCAAGCCCCCCAUUAAGUUACUGGACUCAGGCUUUCUUUUCAGCUUCUGUCGGCCUGCAGGGGGGCCAAUAGCAGGACUGAAGAAAGAGGAGGAGAGCGUGGAUAUCUGCCUAACGCGCUCUGUGUCACAAGUCGGGGAGAGAUUUGCAGCGGAGGAGUCCCCCCACAGGGCACUGAGAGCCAGAGGGCCAGCCCCGCUGCCCGUGGUGAAGAAGGAGAGGAGCGUGAGCCAAAGCAGGCCUCAGAGACCCAGGCAAAAGUCCCGACAAAGCACUCUUCACCUGGCCAAAUCUGUCGGGUCAAAGGCCGCAAAGACCACGCCAAAGCAGCAAGCUAAACUCCCUCCGAGCAGCAGGAGCUGUGUCAUGCCGGAUUCUGUACGUCGGGCGAGGCUAAAGCGGCUUCGAGGGCCUCGCAGUCAAGUCCCCAAAGUCCCAAAGGCGGCCCAUGCCUGUGUGCAGUGCUCGGCCUCCUACAACGACUGUGAUGCUCUAAUCAUGCAUCGCCUCAGGCACAUCGAGGGCAAGCACUGGCCAUGUCUGCUCUGUAGUAAGACGUUCUUUCGACUGAGGAAUGUACGGAACCACAUCCGCACCCACGACCCAAAGUUGUACAAAUGUCGGAGCUGCAUUGCUGCUGGUUCCUGAGGGUCUGCUCGAGCACAGAGACCGAGGAUGGAGGCUUUCAGUGUGUGACACCGGCGCCGCCAAAGACGCAUGACCGAUCAGCAGCUUGUACAUAAUGCAUUCGUCAAACACAAGCACAACGGGCUGUGGAAAAGGCAUAAUUACUCUGAUUCUAAUCAUUGGCGUCGUCAACGAUCGCUAUUGUUAAUUAAACAACCGGGCCGAGGGUUGCUGGUCCCGUUUGCGUUUCCGGAGCUACAAAAGGUUAAACUUGAACAUUUACACUCAGGGGUUGGGGAAUGUGAUGCCACGGUAUAAAGUGAUUUUAACGUCACGGUUGUGUAUAAAAUGAAAUGUAAAGUGAUUGUUAUAACUAUUACUACUACUACUUAUUGUUAUUAUUUUUCUAUGUAUAGAUGAAUUUUGAGUGCACUUAUAUCAUAGCUUAUGUUGUAAACCUAAGAAGUGGGGAUGAAAUUGAAGGUUUGGAGUUCACGGCGGGGGAAAACUUGAAGUGAUUAAAAGUGCUGGAGGGAAUACUUGAAGUUGCCGAUGGUCCUAGGAGUGAGGCGGUCCUUUGGGUGUUUCAGUGGGUCUUUGUCCUUUUGGUGUGCUAACUUUUGAACGACUUGACCGGUCUGUCCCUCCUUACGUAUUUAUCUCUCAUAGUCUCUCAUAGUCCGUAAAUCGGGGAUUCGACUGCGGGCUGGCAUGGUGACACCACUGCAUGUGUAUUUGCAGGCCAUUUGUGGUCCACUGUCUUUUCUAAGGCUGCCAAUUUUAAAAAGGGAAAUGUCUUGUUUUUUAAUGUGAAUUUCUGAGUAGUGAAUCAACACAGCUGUGUCAUUACAGAUGUUUUAUUGAUCUCUUCCACCUCGAUCCAAAAAAGGACAAUCGUCGUCUUGUUCUACCUAAAUUUCCCCUCCUACUGAAUAAAUGCAAUGUGUUCACAUUAAGAGAUAUUUAAGUUUCACAAAUUGAUUUUAGAAAUAAAUGAGCUGUCUAUUGCUAUCUGUUAAAAGACUAAAUAAAUUGUUGCCUUUUAAAUCUUGUUAUUCUGGCUUUAAUUACAUGUUUUAUGUUAUAUUAUUGUGCUGUAAUAAAAGGAACAAAGGACGGUGUAGCAAAUGUGACUCAAUUAUGUAGAGAUAUAAUUGUUCUAUUGCCAAAAAUUACUCUUAUCUUGUUUUUAUUUUUGACCACUGAUUAUUUUUGUCAAAUUAUGUGUCACCUUUGUAAGCGAUGUGUAUCAUGUUUUGAGUUCUUCUUAUAGAUCAUAUACAGAAGUAGAACUGAAACAAGUAGCAGCUUAACUGCUAUUAAGCCAUAUGAUGAUUAAUUGGUUUCAAGCAAAAAUGCAAAACAUUAUGUGGGUCCAGCCUCUCUGGGGGUAUUUGCUGCUUUUCAUUGUCUUGUGUAAUAUUAAAGUCAAUUUG